UAUGAUUUCUCUCUUUUUAAUCAACUCUACAUCUUUUUUGUAUAUCUAAUUUUGCCAACCCUACCCACCUUUAUUUUUAAAUUCAAACAAAAUGGUCAAAUUAGUAGAGAUUGAGGAAGAAUCCGUGUACGACGGAGAUUCGCAGUACACCACAGACUCUGAGCUUGAGAGCCUCGCCAACCAAAGCGAAAAGGACUAUGACUCGGAGUUUGACGAAGAGGAUGAGGACGACUACCUGGAGGAAUCCUUCUUGGAAAGAAUCGCAGCACUCAAAGACAUUGUCCCGGUCGAACAGAGACGCGUGAUCUCAAGCACGGUCAGCAGCAUUGGCAGAUGGGGCGGCAUGGGUAUCAGUGUUGUGGGCAAAUUGGGCUGGAUCUUUACUACCAGCGCGUUGCUUGUGGUGUUCCCCUUGGCCAUUGAGUCGGAUAGAGAGAAGAUGAUGCAGCAGUGGGAGGCUGAGCAGGGUAUGCAAGGCCAGAUGAAUGCGCCGCCGGCUGCCGCCCUUCCUGGUAUGCCGGGAGCCGUGGCACCUGGAUUGGCGCCCGGUCUGGCUGCCUGAGAGGGAAAAGCACCUUAGUUUCUCUUGGUUUAUAUAAUCCAACAAAAAAUAAAUA